UUCUCCCCUCCCCUCGCUGCCUCAUUCAUCGGUGCCCAUAUCGGAACCAUAUUGUCGUCCUCACGUCGCGUGCCUCUUCGUGCUAACAUCUCUGGCCAACUCCCUCGUCCUGCCGCUCCUGCCGUCAGCCAGAGCAUCCUUGCCUCAUCUCUCCUCCCAACAAUCUAUCGCUCCUCCAGCAUUUCGCCGCCCGCUCCUUCCUGCCCAUCAUGAUCCUCGACAGCAACGGAAACAUCACCCAUCUCAACAUCCUGGUCUUUGGCCCCGCUUUUGUUGGCAAGACCACCCUGAUUCACACCUUUCUGCAGAUGCAGCGACCAAAAUCCCGCAUCAACAGCGGUGCUUCCGCCGAGUCGUGCUAUCUGGGCUCGUACGAUCCCACCAUCGAAAACUUUUACCAACUGCAGUACGUGGUCGUCCCUCAGUCUGCUGCCCGUGAGGCAAAUGCCGCCCAACAGGUCGUUGGCGACAACGGCAUCGAUCCGAUCCUGCCGCCAGACAUCCAGAUCAACGACAGCCAUGAGCUCCACAAACGCAUCACCCUCAACAUCAUCGACGCCGGCGGCCAUCCGUGCUAUAGCAAGCUCUGGCCCUCGCUCAUCACCAGCGCCGACGCCUUCAUGCUCGUAUACGAUGUCGGCGACAAAGCCUCGUUUGACUCCAUGUGGACCUUUUAUCGCAUCAUCGUCGAGACCAAGUGGAUCCAGCCCGAGUACAUCCCCGCCAUCAUGGUCGGCAACAUGGUCGACACGGUCGCUUCCGAUGGAGUAACGACCCAAUCAACCCGCCGCCCCCGCAUGGUUCCACUCACCACCGGCCGCCAAAUGGCCGACAUUCUAAAGAUCAAGUUCUCGGAAACCACCGCCCUGGCCCCUGUUGCUGUCGCCCGCUGCUUCUCGGAGCUGAUUUCCGCUGCCCAGGCCAAGACUGACGCCAGAUUGCAAAUCGGAAACCUAUCCCUGACACCAGCCCCUGUCAGGGUUCGCCGUGUGCGAUCUGCGACCGAGCUGCGGUCCCAGAGUGCCGAUCUCAAUCAGUCCGAUGGCUCGGCCGAUGAUUCUGCCUCGGAAGAGUCGCCCGUAGGCAUCGACCGAACAAUGGAGAAUCGCAACAACCAUCCGUCGCCGACGUCGUGCCACGGGCCGAGCGAUCGGGCCGAGUCGGUGCGCUUCCCGACCCUUUCCUCCACCACAUCGUCAAAGCGGGAUUCGAACGUCUCGUCCAACUCGUCCAACUGCGCCAACAGCCGCACAAGCGGCUCUACCGGCUCCUCCACGAGCAACGGCCGCAAGCUCUACAAUUCUCUCAUGGCACCCGCCUCAGCCGGCUCGAUCCGUGCCCAGCGCGACCAGCUGUUUUCGGCAUGGCGGACCUGCAAGCGAGAGUCCAGGACUGCGUCUGGCAAUCAACAGCUCCGGAUCUUCUUUGCCACGCACAAGGAAAUGCAGAACCGGACGUCGUACUUUUCUACCUCGACCGGCUACUCGAGUCGCUCCUCCAACUCGUCGGGGACAAUGUAUCGCCAGGACUCCCAUCAGGGCUACAGGGUCUCUACGGCGCAAUCGGCUUCGGGCCAGAGUCAGCGCACCGACACUCUCCGAGACGACCAGCCCUGGCCCACGACUGCCCGCACCCCUUCGGCGGCUUCGUCGGUAGUCUCGCCCGUUGGCGGCAUGGUCACGGCUCGCAAGUUCAGCGCCCCCGAUGUCUCGCAGGACUAUGAUCGUCUUGACCAGCCACCUCGUCCUGGCUCGACUGCCGUGUUCCGACCCCACGACUCUGCCAUCCACAUGGGCGACGUCGAGCACCACCAAAUCAACACCAAGCCUCCCGUCAACCACAACGGCAAUAGCAUACGGUUCAUGAAGGCCCCGCAGACCUCUCACACGUCGCUCCGCAUCCAAGUCCCCACAUACAACCCCGAUGCGCCGCCGUCAUCGUCGUCCCCAUCCAUGAGCGGCCAUUUCCAGACAGCAACACCGCCUCCGUCGUACUUUGAACACAAGCGUGUCGAGAGCCCACUGGCAUCCCGGUUCCGAUCCGCACGCCGCCCCAGUGCUGAUGCCAUCCUACUCCAGACCACCGAGUUAGAGGCUGCCCAGCAGAUGGUGCGCUCGACCCCGACUCCCCCGCCGCUCACCCCAAAUCGCUCCCAGGAGCACCUCUACCACCCUUUGCUCCGCAACGGACGAGCGUCGCACGGCCGCGGCUCGGGCGGCCGUCUGGCCUCGCUGCUGACGACCAUUCAGAACUACGUCGACGAAACCCAAGGCCAACUCUCGCCUGUCGCCAUCGACCGCAUGGAGCACUCCAUGUUUGAGUUUCCUAUCCAGUCCGACCCUGCGGGUGGUCGCAGUGACUACUCCCAUCCUACCUCGCGAGUGCCCUCGCGGUCCUCGCCGUUGGUGAGGGAGGUGACUGGAGACCAGCCCGAUCAACCGAGCGAGCCCAGCCCAACCAUCGGACCCUUUGCCGCAAUCAUAGACACGCCUGAAUGGGGACCCAGCACCCUGGGCGAGACCGACGAAGAGGUCAGCCGAACGUACUCUAUUCUCCUCAACAGCGCCGAGGAGACCUCUGAGUAUUUCGACGACGACGACGACGAUCCCUUUGACCAGAGCAUGAUCGUCCAGGAUCAGCUCAACAAGGGUCUGGGAGGCUCGAACUACUAGAUCGCUGGCCUUGGGUCUCUCCCCGAUCUCCGAUAUUCGAUCUCUGGCUGCUGAUUGCUGGCUGCUGAUUGCUGGCUGCUGAUUGCUGGCUGCUGAUUGUUGGCUGCUGAUUUCCAUUCUCAUAUUUGAUCUCUGAUCACUCAACCCCUGAACGAUGCCGGGCUUUGGCCAAAGUCAUC